UGAUGAAAUACGGAAAACGCUUUUACACAACAAAUCCUUCAACUUACUGUUGAGGAGGCACUGACUGGUGCCUCUAAGCAUGUGUGAGGUGUCCGUGUGCACACCCACUUAUCCAAGCUGCGCUUCCAAAUCGGGAAAGCAUGGCACACAGUCCAGUUUUUACCCAUUCAUUUCUACGUCUCCUGCCAACAGGAUCGAACAGAAACAUUACCGAAUAAUACUGGAUUUACAGAAUUCGUUUCAAUUUAUCACAUUCUGGACUCAGCUUAUGCUGUAGAUGACGGACAGACAUCGUCUACCACUAAGGAUCAUUCAGGAUUUUCAUUCACUUUCUACAUUUACUUUUGACACAGUUUCUCUAAUCGAUCGCUCUUUUUUUGUGUGAAUAUGAGAGAUAACGAACUUUAUUCGGGCACCGACGGCGCGGUCUGCCCUAAUAUCGCGCUUUUAGGCUCCGCUCCGAAGCGCAUAAACCCAUCGGCUUCUCCUUCGAUAAAGGAGUUUGUACCCAGGAGAUCCUGCGGAGUCCCCGCCGCUGGGAUGGAUGCGGACAGGCACGUCGCCGUGUCCAGAGACAAACCUGUGAUUGCACCAGCUGUCUUCGUCUUUCAGAAGACCCCCCCCACCCAGAAGAGGUGGGCUGAAGACGGUGAAGAAGGAGCAGAUUUGGGGGCCGUUGCAUCCAAGAGGAGGCGAUCCUUAACGUUCCCGUCCGUGAGGCCCAGGUGCAGAAAAGGCUAUGAAAGACGAACUCGGACCAGUUCCAUUUCCUUUCCUACUCCUGCCUCAGGUUUCCCUCCAGUCCAGCAAAGGAUGCUUUUGAGACCCACUACUCUCCCAGCACCACAGCCAUGGAGCUCCCCUUACCAGCCGUCACUGCCUGAGAUGGGCCUGGGGCCCAGCGAACAGGCUGUGGUAGAAAUGGGCUGGGACAGUUCUGCAAGGACUGUGCCGCUGAUGCCGUGUGAUCCACGAAUUCUCCGUGACAAAAUCCCGUUUGUGUUUGGGGAAAAUAUGAGUGAACGAGUCCUGAGUCCAUCCAAGUGCAGUGAGGACUCCUCUGUCUCCAGCUCGGACUGCUCUGACUCCGAACUAUCUGAUGAAAAUCCCUCAUACCCAAUGUCUGAGGGGAGAACACUUUUGGAAUCUGCUGCAGCCUACACUGCGGCCCAUAGGGGGCGAUGUCUGCUCAAGCACAUUCAGGUGGUCACUGGGGAAGAGCAGGAGAGCAACGUUGUACAGCUGACCUGUAAGCUGUUUGUGCUGGAGAGGAGGACACAGUCAUGGAGCGAGAGGGGGAGGGGGAUCCUUCGGCUGAACGACAUGGUGACAGGUUCCCAAGGCCGUCUGCAGUCGCGCUUAGUGAUGAGACACCAGGGCACUCUCAAGCUUAUCCUCAAUUCCAGGCUGUGGCCGCACACUCAGGUCCGCCGCGCCGCCCGCCGCAGCCUGCAGGUGACGGCCAGCGACCUGGAAAGCCACACCCUCCGCGUCUUCCUGGUCCAGGCCAGCGCCAGGGACGCUGCACGGCUGUACGUGGCCAUCCAUCACCGACUCGUCGCCCUGCGCUCCCAGCACCGCGACGUGGAGGAUGACGAUGGAGAGGACGCCACGAAGCCAGGGCAGGCAGAGAAGCAGGAGGAGGACGUGACCCGAGUCCCACAGAGUGUUGGCCUUCAUCUCCGCCCCACAUUAACUGAGCUGCCAUCCAUUAAUGAAGCAGUGGUUCAGUAGUUGAGGAUCUGGAAGGUCGCCACUUUGAAUCCCAUGGCUGGCAGGGAAAUCAUAUCACCAUUGGGGCCAUGAGUGAGACCCUUAACCCCAAGAACUUCCCCAAAAAGUUUCACUGUUGUGUCGUGUUAUGGCAAAUAUGAAAACCAUAUGUACCUAUACCUGUGCUUGUACAAAUUCAGCAUGGUUGUCAUUCAGGAUGAAGCAGUGUAACUGUACAGUGUGGCAUCUGUUACCCAGAAUCCUUGAAAUGGCCAUAUGGAUUCCACAGGUGGGUGUGACAGGAAGUGCAAUGGUCCCUCUAAGUGAUCCUGGUGUUGUCAUCAGGGGUGUAAUCUCAGUGAUGUCAUCACAGGCCUGGGGUGAUCCCUGCGGGGACUGUGCUGCCCCCUUCUGCAGGCCUUCCAGAGUUAGCACCUGCUAACGGGACAUUAGCUAACAGCUGAUGCUUGUAUUUAAGUACUUGUGUAUACAGAUUUUUUUAAUUCUAAUAUCUCCUGCUACCUAGUAUGAUCCAUUGUAGCAUCGUGCCUGUAUGCCAUGUGCUUAUAGGAAACUGUCCUGUACAAUAAUAAUUUUGGGGAGUAGUGAUUUGAACACAUUUGUACUUUUUUAUAUAAAUUAAUGCCAUUCAUACCAACUGAAAGCAUGUAAAAACAUGCUAAAAUAAUAUAAGCAAAUUAUUAUCUGUACAUAUUUGAAGUGAAUGAGUAAUCUCAGUUGAAUUUAUUUGUAUUCAUUUUUCGCAAGUUAUGAAUGUGUGGCUUCAGGAACAACCAGCCUUUGUUCAGUGGCCUUCAGUGUUCAAAAUCAUUGUUACUGUCUGGAUUCCGGAUUCUUUUAGUACCUCCUAUCUACAUGAUUUAUAUUCAUAAGCAGCUUGUUUUCCAGUCCAGUCUGGGUCACUGAUAUUUAUUUGUAACUUCCGUAUUUUGAAUUCUUCGUGUUCCUCUGUGUAAAAUUUACUGUAACUCGAAAUAGGUUUUUUGUUUCAUUGUUAAGGGCUGUUAUCGUCUUUCAUCUGGCGUUUUUUAAGUCUCAGUUUUUAUUUACGAGUUUGUUGCAAUAAGAAGGAAUUUAAUUAUAUAAACUUUUCUCCAUAUUUGCAGUCGUUGUAUUGUUGCAUUCGAUCUGGCUGUUUAUUUUGUUAAAAUGCGUUAAAAUGCCGUCUUCCGUUCAUUUGCUCCAUUAUUAAAUGAUUAUAUUUUAUUUA